AACAAAAAAUAUUAAAAAAUUAGAAAAAAAACACUCUUAAAAAAGUAUAAUAGAGAUUAUCGGGAGUCAGGAUUUUCUUUCUCAUUUUAUCCACCAUUUUCAAAUAUAUUUUAAACAGCUUGCUCAAAUUUAUAAAACUCUUAUACAAGAUAAAUUAUGGAUUUUUAAGACUUCUAUGCUAACUAUUUGCGCUAAUAGCAAAUAUAGAAAGCAUGUGACAAUAUGAAAUAAGAUGAAGUUGAUUACGAUAUGUCUCAGGCUAAUACCUUAUCAAACUAUACUAGUAGGACAACAAUAAAUUCUAAUUUUAAUUAAAACUAGUAUCCAAUGCAGGAUGAAUCAUCUACAUAAACCCUGUUGUUGAAUGGAUCUAACUAAAAUCAAAAAGGAAUAGUAGGUUUCACUAAUAAUAACUUAAAGAAUUAACAAAAGCUUCUUGAUGUAAAUAACUAAAGAGUCUUUGGAAGAGAACUCAUAAAUAUUGAUCAAGAAAGGACCUUUGCAUAAAAUAACAUAUAAAAUAAUAGCAAGAAUCAAUAGAGCUAGAAUUAUUCUAAGCCUACUGGAUAUUCAUAAAUUGAGAAAUAAAAUUACGCCUAAACAUGCAACAACAAUAACAAAUAAUUGAGUGAUUAAAAUAAUUUACAAUAAUAAAAUAAUCUUAAUCAAAUAAAAUGUAACAUGUCUGUAGAAUGUGAUGGUCAAAAUUUAAAAGGAGAAAAUUAAUAAAAAUUAAUUGAUGUUAAUAAUUAAAGAGUCUUUGGUAGAGAUAUUGCGAACGUCGAUCAAGAAAGAACAUUUUCAUAAAAUAAUAUGCAAAAUAGUUGCAAAAUUCAGUAAAGUCAGAAUUAUGCAAAACCUAUGGGGUACACAAAGAUAGAAAAGCAGAAUUAUAUGUAAGUUCAAAAUAAAGAUGAAAAUUAAAUCUACGCUAAUCAUACUAAGAACAAUAUGUAUGUUGAAUAUGAUGGUUAAAAUCAAUAAAAACUUGCUAAUCCCAACAGUUAGCGCGUUUAUGCCAAAGAAACAACAAUUUCUGACCAAGAAAGACUGCAACAAUAAAAUAAUAUUCAAAAUAAUUUCAAGUCUCAACAAAACUAGAACUUUGCAAAGCCACUUGGAUAUACUAAAUUAGAUAAGUAAAACGUUUAAAACAAUAACCAAUUAGAAUAAAAUAGCUAACAAUAAAGUAACUGCUUCAAUUAACUAAAACGUCACAUGUCUCUUGAAUGCAUCAAUGGUGAUGACAACCAAAAUAUAAAAUGUGAGAGCAACUUCUAUUCUCGUAAUAGUAUGGCAAGCUAAUAAAUGUAAGAUGAAAAUUAUCAUGCGGCUUCAAAUGGAUUUUCCAACAACAACAACACCUAUAAAGCUAAUACUUGCAAAGCUUCUUACGAUAAAGAGAAUUUCAAUCAAAUAUCAACUGGAUUUAGUGGAUUAACUUAGUCAGUUCAAUAAAAUAUAACUUUUAGAUAAAAAAAUGUGAUGGAUGUCGAAAACUCUCAACAAUCUCAUGCAACCACUUACAGGUCUUUGGAAAGAAAAUAAGUAGUUGAAUACACCUUCCCUAAAGACACACUUCAAAAAGAUCCUAUUUACUAAUACGCAAGGACAAUUUUUGAUUAUCUACGUAGCAACGAAGAAGCGUAUUGCGCUAAAGGGACUAUGAACAAAGUGUAAGAUGAAAUAACUGCUAGAAUGAGAGCUAUUAUGGUAGACUGGAUAGUUGAUGUGCAUCUCAAAUUUAAGCUCUUACCUGACACACUAUAUUUGACUAUUAAUUUGAUCGACAGAUAUAUUGAAAGAAAGUAAAUUUCCAAAGAUAGAUUACAACUUCUAGGUGCUACUUCAAUGUUCAUAGCUUGUAAAUUUGAAGAAAUUUAUCCACCUGAGAUUAAUGACUUUGUGUUUAUAUGUGAUAGUCUCUAUACAAAGGAAUAAAUAUUAUAAAUGGAGGGUGAAUUAAUCACAGCAAUUAAUUUUGAUUUAACUUACACCAGUCCUUUACGUUUUCUUAACAGAUAUAGUUACCUGAAUGAAUCCACUGAAGUAUAAUACUAUUGUGCACAAUAUCUUUUAGAGCUCUCUCUAAUUGAGUAUAAAAUGACUGAGUAUUCUUCAUCAAACUAAGCUGCAAGUGCACUAUAUUUAGUAAAUAAAAUAUUUGACUAACCAUGGAGUGAAGAGCUUCGCAACCAAUCCCACUAUGAUUAGUCUUCUCUUAAAAAAUGCGCUAAAGAUAUGUACGCUCUUCUUUAAAAGGCAAAUGAGUUCUAAUACAAGUAUCAGAUUUAGGUUGCAGAGUAUGAAAAUUAAAAAUAACUACAGAUGGCUUAAUUAAAACAAUGGUAUAACCUUGAAAAGUCUAGACUAGAAUAAGAAUAGAAUUUUGUCUAAGAUCAUCACGAAUAAUUAGAAAUAGACUACGACCAAAAGAGAAAAGAAAUAGAAGCUAAAUUCAAAGAAAUCAAAGGCUAAUUACUAUGCAAUAAUAAAAACUUAGUAGCAAUUAUCCGUAAAUUUUCUCUUGCUGAAUUCAAAGAGCCUGCUAAAUUUCUGUUUUGCCUAGAGUAUCCUUUGCCCUGA